UCCAUUCUCUGCACACCUGAUUUGUAGAUCAGAGCUCAGACUAUUUUCACCUUUGAAGAAGUAAAACUGUCUCAGUCUCAGUUAUCGAGAGGAGAAAUGGCGCAGAAAGGAGAUCAGUUGGACCAGGAAACCUUUUCUUGUUCGAUCUGUUUGGAGGUUUUGAAGGACCCGGUGACUAUUCCCUGUGGACACAGUUACUGUAUGAACUGUAUUAACAACUUCUGGGAUGAAGGAGAGAAGAAACUCCCCAGCUGUCCUCAAUGUAGACGGAUGUUCAUACCGAGACCUGAGCUGGUGAAAAACACCAUGUUAGCAGCUUUAGUGGAGCAGAUAAAGAAGACUGGACUCCAAGCUGCUCCUGCGGAUCACUGCUAUGCUGGACCUGAAGAUGUGGCCUGUGAUGUCUGCUCUGGAAGAAAACUGAAAGCCACCAAGUCCUGUUUAGUCUGUCUGGUCUCUUACUGCAAGAAACACCUUCAACCUCAUCAUGAUUCAUCUACAUUCAAGAAACACAAGCUGGUGGAUCCCUCCAAGAACCUGCAGGACAACAUCUGCCCCUGUCAUGGUGAGGUGAUGAAAAUGUUCUGUCGUACUGAUCAGAAGUGUAUCUGUUAUCUCUGCUCUGUGGAUGAACAUAAAGGCCACAACACAGUCACAGCUGCAGCAGAAAGGACUGAGAGGCAGAGAGAGGUGGAGGUGAGUCGACAACAAAUCCAGCAGGAGAUCCAGGACAGAGAGAAAGAUGUGAAGCUGCUUCAGCAGGAGGUGGAGGCCAUCAAUCAGUCUGCUGAUAAAACAGUGGAGGACAGUGAGGAGAUCUUCACUGAGCUGAUCUCUCUCCUCCAGAAGAGAAGCUCUGAUGUGAAGCAGCAGAUCAGAUCCCAGCGAGAAACUGAAGUGAGUCGAGUCAAAGAGCUUGAGGAGAAGCUGCAGCAGGAGAUCACUGACCUGAAGAGGAGAGACGCUGAGAUGAAGCAGCUCUCAGACACCGAGGACCACAACCAGUUUCUCCACAACUACCCCUCACUGUCACCACUCAGUGAGUCCACACACUCCUCCAGCAUCAGCAUCCGUCCUCUCAGAUACUUUGAGGAUGUGACAGCAGCUGUGUCAGAGGUCAGAGGUCAACUACAGGACAUCCUGAGAGACAUGUGGACAAACAUCUCACUGACCAUCACUGAUGUGGAUGUUUUACUGCCACAACCAGAACCAACGAACAGAGCUGGAUUCUUGAAAUAUUCAUGUGGAAUCACUCUGGAUCCAAACACAGUAAACACAAAGCUGUUACUGUCAGAGGAGAACAGAAAGGUGACUUUUAUGGACCAACUCCAGUCUUAUUCUGGUCAUCCAGAGAGAUUCAGUGAACGUUUUCAGGUCCUGAGUAGAGACAGUCAGACUGGACGUCGUUACUGGGAGGUGGAGAAGAAAGCAGAUGUAGUUGUUGUAGCAGUUUCAUACAAGAAUAUCAGCAGAUCAGGGUAUGAAAGUGGAUUUGGAUUAAAUGACAAAUCUUGGUCACUACGUUGUUCCUUAGACAGAUAUGUAUUUUGUCACAACAACAACAUCCAAACCUCCAUCUCAGGUCCUCAGACCUCCAGAAUAGGAGUUUACCUGGAUCACAGAGCGGGUGUUCUGUCCUUCUACAGCGUCUCUGAAACCAUGACCCUCCUCCACAGAGUCCAGACCACCUUCACUCAGCCGCUCUACGCUGGAGUUUGGGUUAACGGUUCUGGAAACUCAGCUGAGUUCUGUACACUCAGAUAGACACGUUUUCUUCUCCUUGUUUAUGAGUCAGAGUUGAUUGU